AUAACCUCAAAAUAAGCGUUCACUUCAGUGUGAUGUGACUGCGUGCGUGCUUACAAAUAUUAAACAAAUUAAUAAUAUAUUUAAGUUUAAUUGCAUUAUGCAAAAAUAAAAUGAAUUAAUAUUUAUUCUGAUAAUGGAAAAAGAAACUAAGCAUUGUCAAGGAAAAGAUGUUUUCGAACGAAUGAAUUAUUUGUAUCAGGCGAGUCAAAAUAUUGUAAAUAAAAACUUACCACUGGCUUCACAAUAUGGCUCCUUGGUGGUUGGCUGUGCAAAGAAAGCAGUACUGCGAAUGGAACCAGCUGUAAAAAGGACAAUUUGUAAACGUUGUCAAUCUCCGCUUAUUCCUGGCAAAACAGCACGUGUUCGUUUAAUAUCAAAACCCACAAAAGCAAUAAAGUGGACUUGUUUGGCUUGUGGAAAUAAUAGAAAAAUUCCAUCAAAAAAAGGAUAUAAACUUUGGUGGGAUCAGCCGGAAGCUGUGAAAUGUGUUUUUGAUUACGCUCCAAAAAAAUCUCAAAACGAAUCUAUUUCUGCAAAAGAAAUCAAAAAAGAAACCAAUACAACAUUAAAGGAAAAAGAAGCAAAUGAUACACUUCAGAAAAAAUAGAAAUUAGAAAUUAUUUUCUUCUAUUAAAUUUUAUCGUUCAAAACUCUAAAAAAAAAAAUAAUGUCUACAA